AUGUCUUAUCAAAAAGUAAUAGCAAAAAUCAAUGAUAACACUGAAAAGUGCACUGACUUCUAUGACUUUGCUGAACCUCAUGGAGUUUUUAAGAAAAAACUAAAUGUGGAUGUCACUCCUCAAUUAGAAGAAAUUGAUUUUUAUAAAGGUGGAAGAAUACCUGAAUACGAUUAUGUACCACUGUCAUCUAAUCAUCAAAAGUAUCUAGAAAGGGAAAGAGAAAAGGGAAUCAGAAAACAGACUCAACUUGAUGAAUUGUUUAACAACUUCAAGCAAGGUCAUGUCUGUUUCGUGGGACCGGCUGGAUCAGGCAAAUCCACACUCAUGAAAGCAACUUCAAGAGAUGUCAUGCAUGGAAAAUAUUUCCAAGGGAACAUCAAGAUGGUUCCAUAUAUUCAAUGUAAACAAUAUAUGAACAACAGAAAAGUAACAGCAGGUGAACUAAUUUUCAACAAUCUCGCACAAGAAGAAAGAGUUCAAGCAAUAGAGAUUGCAAAAACUCACCCAGAGGAAGUUUUGUUUAUUAUCGACUCAUUGGAUACUCUUCAAUAUACAGUUGAUGGAGUUUAUGAAGUCAUAAGCCUAGAUGAGCCUGCAUAUCCUGAGGUAAUAAUGUGGAAUUUUCUCACUGGAAAAUUAUUUCCUGGCUGUCGCACUAUGUCAUCCAGUCGUGAACAUUCCAUCAGAAAUUAUUGGGGAGAAGUUCGACCAGACAGGGUCAUUGCACUUGCUGGAUUAACAAUGGAGUCCAUCAAAGAAAUCAUUUCUGGAUAUGAAGGAGAGAAAGAGGCCGAGAAAAUAAUGGAAUUUCUCAAAAUCAAAGCUCCAUUACUCUUGUUUCUGUGCACUACACCUGUGAUGCUUGUUUACACAUUGAUAGCUUUGAAAUUCCAAUCUGACUUCAAACCAAACACUAUGACUGGUAUUAUGAUUGUGGUCAUGCAAAGUAUCUUACGAUCACCCCACACUCACCAAGAGAAUAUUUUAGAAGUUUUGGGCAAAUUAAAAGAACUAUCAUACAUUGGAACAGUAGAACAUCGAGUUCUAUUCACAGAAGAUGAUUUUCGUCAAGUUCAUCUAAAACCGGAAGAAGCAACCGAUCUAGCAAUCCUAGCUCCUGGAGGAAUAUAUUGUAAACUCUUUCAAGGAAUCCACCUCCUUUACUUCCAACAUCAAAGUAUUCAAGAAAUUCUCACAUCUUUCUAUAUUCUUGGACUGGAUUUAAAAUCUUUCAAGCAGUUCGUGGAUAAACAUCUUCAUACAGGUCACUUUGUUCUCAUCAGAAAAAUGAUCUGUGGAUUUUUAUUGAAUACCACAGUUUAUGAAGCAGCCGGAAUUUUACUUGAAGAAAUUCAAGAUCUUGAGGAAAAGCGAAAAGUUCUCAAGAAAAGUAUGCAAUUACAAUUCGGAAAAAUUUCAAAAUCAAACAAAUCAGAUCUUAUGGAACUGUUCAUUGCAUUGAACGAAGCCAAGGAUGGAAUGAUUGACAUUGUCAAAUCAUCUCUUGAUGAAAUCCACAUGUAUGGACAUCCUCUCUCCAUAAGUGAUGUUCAUGUCAUUGGAUCAGUAGCUUCCUACUGUACAUCACUAAAAAUGGAUUUGGGAAAUUGUAAUCUCAAGUCAGACUCACUUCAAACCCUGGCAUCUGGAUUGAAAGGAUCAAAUGUGAAGAUCAUGCAAUUAUGGCUGGAUGAAAGCACAAACAUGGGAGUUGAAGGUUUAUCAUCAGUUGGACAAAUACUUUCCAAUCAAUCCUGUGUUGAAGUGUUGGGCCUUCAAUACUGUAACCUGUCAUCAGAUCAACUACAAGCUUUCAAAUCAUCCUUGGGCAACACAGAGAUUGAUAAGUUGGUUCUGGAUGAAGAUCGAACUGCACAUCAUAAAGAUAUUGUUGCAGUUGCAAAUCUGCUUCCUAAUGUUACAAAGGAGUUAUCAUUGCAAAGAUGGAAAAUGGCUGAUGAAGAUGAAGAAAUAUUACAGAAUCAAUUGAAUGAAAUUGGAUCUGAGAAACUACAAAUUGACUUGGAUGAAAGCACAAAACUCAAAAGUCAAAGAAAGUCAGCAGAUGCUACAACCAGUGUUUUCUCCAAACAACUUCCAACCACAACUUCAAGAGCGAAAUUAGGUAAGUUACAAAUCUUUUUUAAAAUUGAGUGGUGCUGUGGCAUGAUUUCAAUCAUGGCACUUAAUCAAUGGUACUUAAAUAAAUUUCUGCCUAAUUGGGCUCUCCCAGUCUCCUACGACUGA